UGUUCCCGGUCUCUGAGUUGUCAGAUUUCCUCCUUCCAACUUCCAACGAUUUUCCCGUAAUCGUAAACAAAACCGAGAUCGGUCAGUGAAAGUUUUCCAAAUAUCCAAACUUAAGUGCAUUCAGAGCUCGAAAUUCCGGAUAUUUCAAAAUUUAAGAUUAUUUCCUGUAUCGCAAUGAUUGACCGAUUUGUUUAUUGAGGUUACAAAUCCGUAAAAUGGAGUCCAGUAACGGAAGUGAGAAAGCCGAAAUAAAUCACCUUGUAAAGAACAUCGUAAAAAUUCUUCUGUCCACGUCCAAGUAUUUUCAUUGUCCGUUCUGUGCCGACGAGUAUUUGUUCGAGUUUACCCUGAGGCAUCAUUUGCUUAAAAACCAUGAAGAAGACCUGUCUAAGAUCGUCCAAUCGCCGGACUCUAGCAUCAAGUUCUGUGAUAGCAACAUUUGUCCAUAUUGUGGGGCCUUAUUCUACUACAUCUCAGCGCUUCCGAAGCAUAUCAUGAACAGUCACAGUCGCGACUGUCUUAUCAAGUGGCAAGCUAUCGAACGGGACAAUAGUCUGCAGAAACGAUUUGCCACCGAGCCGAGCAUCCGUUGUGUUCCUUGUUCUCCAGGUUUAAGUGACUUGUUCGAGGAACUGAACACUGAUUCCAGCCGGAAGAAAAAAAACCGAAGUCACCGCCGGAAGGCAUCUCCACUGUACAAGUCGGCACUCAAGAACGCCAACAGAAUCUCCGCCUCGAAGCGUAUUUCCGGUGAGUCGUGGGUAAGUUGUGAUUUCGAAUUUACCACCGGAGAUGCCGCCUCGCGUCGUUCCCCGAGCAGUACCGUCCGUAGAGAGCUACAAUUCGAUGCGGUUGCACCAGAACCGACCUCCCCGCAGGAGAUCGACAGCGUUUCUUCCGUGAAGAAACCGAAACGCUCGCGUAAACGUUUCAACCUGAAGUCGCUCAAACCGAGGAUCGGUUUACGAAAGUUUGUGCUGUCUAAGUUCACCAAAAAGUAUCGCUGCAAAAUUGUGACCAGCACACCGAAUAAUUUUCUGGACGACAGUGAUAUCGAUCUGAACGAUACUCGGUUGCACAAUCAGGAGCGCUGGAAUAAGCUGCAUUUAGACUAAGACGAGGUGAGUACAUAGAUCUUGUUGACAACCUACAGUUUGGUAUUUUGUAUUUGAGAUACAUAUAUAAAUUCUCAUUUUACGAUAUUUAGGUAUUAAAAAGUAUUAUGACAGUAUGCUUAAGUGUAUCUCUUUACCUAAUAAUCAUACGUAUUUAAAGGUAUUAUUUAUAACUCGCAUUUUGGAUGGGAUUUUAAGUUAGAUAUUAUGAUACAUACUGAAGUAAUAUAUGUGGAUUAUGAUGUA